AUGUCUCUGGCGUCACCCCCGGCUCCGUCGCGGGCGGCGCCGGCCGGUGUCUUCUUUGCGGCGCCGACGCGAGAUCCUCGCAGUCGCAGCUCUGUGGCGGCACAGGAUUGACGUCAGAGUUCCAGCGCAUCUGUCAGAGAUCAGCCGAGGCUCGCAGCUGCUACCUGAAGUUCUCCAGAGGUCACCAUGGGUCCGCAGAAGUCGGCUGAAGUCAGCAGGAUCACCGAGGACGGUGACAUGAUGGGCGGCGACGUCUCCGACGACCUCAUCAUUGCCAGCGGCGAGAGGAAGGUGGCCAUCGUCGGAGGCGGACUGGUGGGCGCUCUGAACGCCUGCUACCUGGCCCGCCGUGGUGUCGAGGUACACGUGUACGAGUACAGAGGAGAUAUUCGUCAGAUGGAGCACGUGCCCGGCCGGAGUAUCAACCUGGCUCUGAGCCACCGGGGUCGCAGCGCUCUGGCCCGGGUUGGCCUGGAGGACCUGGUGAUCCAGCAACACGGCAUUCCCAUGUACGGACGCAUGAUCCAUGCCACCGACGGACGCAAGAAGGUCAUCCCCUACGGCAAGGCCGGGCAGUGUAUCUAUUCGGUCGGACGGAGAUAUCUGAACGAGACUAUGCUGAGCGAGGCUGAAACUCAUCCAAACGUUCAUCUUCAUUUCAAUCACAAGCUUCUUCACUCCGAUCUUAAAACCGGACACAUGGUCUUCGAAAGUAACGGCCAGGAGGUGCAGGCGGACGCGGACCUCAUCCUGGGCUGUGACGGCGCCUACUCGGCCGUCAGGAGACAGAUGAUGAAGGCUCCGCGCUUCAACUACAGCCAGACAUACAUACCGCACGGCUACAUGGAGCUCUGCAUCCCGCCCACGGCCACGGGACAGUUCGCCAUGGAGCCCAACUACCUGCACAUUUGGCCGCGGGGCGAGUUCAUGAUGAUCGCCCUGCCCAACCAGGACCGCACCUGGACAGUGACUCUGUUCAUGCCGUUCGCCGUCUUCGAUCGGAUCACAACACCCGACGAGCUGCUCGAGUUUUUCCGCGAAAACUACCGCGACGCCAUCCCGCUCAUCGGCGAGGAGAAGCUCAUCAAGGAUUUCUUCUCGAACCGCGCGUCUCCACUGGUUUCUGUCAAGUGCUCGCCAUAUCACUCUCCCAAAGCUCUCAUCAUGGGCGACGCGGCCCACGCCAUGGUGCCUUUCUAUGGUCAAGGCAUGAACGCGGGUUUCGAGGACUGUCUGCUGCUCGAUGACCUGCUGACCAAACACGACAUGGACCUGGAGCGGGUACUGCCCGAGUACACGGAAGUGCGAAACCCAGACGCCGAGGCCAUCUGUGACCUGGCCAUGUACAACUAUGUCGAGAUGCGACACCUGGUCAACUCUCGGGCGUUCCUGAUGCGGAAGGCGCUGGACAGCUUCCUGCACACGUUCUUCCCCAAUAGCUGGACGCCGCUGUAUAGCAUGGUGUCCUUCACCAGGGUGCGCUACCACCAGGCCAUCGCGCACAAAGAGCGACAAGAUAAGAUCGUGUUCGGUGGAGUGAUGACGCUCGCCGCGGCGCUGGCGGCCGGUGUGGCGUACCUGGCGCAGCGCGGCGACCUGUGGCGCAGCGCCACUGAGGUGGUCAACGAACAGGCGCGACUGGCGCUCUCCCGACUGGGACUGUGAGCGAGCGACUGACGACUGAGGGAAGGGGACACACCGCCGGGCCUCACCCGCAACCGACGGGGAAGUGAAAGAAGUUAUGGAUGAUUAAUAGCCAAACUGAUGCGCCGAGCCAGGUUCAGAAAAGCUUGAUUGAAACGAAAAGCUCUGGUGAAAUAUCCAAAGCGUUCCAGCUGAGAAUAUUACAGCAUUGAUGUAGGCUGAAGCAACAACAUCGAUAAAACGAUCGAUUGUAUAGGGCUUCUUAGGCUAGAUGAUUACACGCCUUUACUCGUGCUUUACCAGCUUUUCGGUUCUUCUUUGCACGAAGGCGCCUCAUGUUUAGGUCCUGUGGCAACAGAGCGAAGGUUCGGUUUUUCAGCAUUGCUGUGUAUAUAGUUGCGUGUCUAUUCUGGAGUGUGCGGUGUAAAUGUGGUGUGCGUGUGUUUGUAAAGUAUGAUGUAAGAGAUAGCUGACGGUGUUUGUAUCUUAUAUAUGGCCCGGAACCAAGCGUAGAGCUGGGCAAACUAUCGAGCAAUGACAAGGUGUGUAUCGCUGUUCUAACUGAGCCUUUCUUACGAUGUCUACUUUUCGCGUGUCGUAGGUACAAAUAUCACUCAUCAGUAUCCUUCGUGGGGGCCUAGGUAGGGUGAUGGGUGGCCUUGUACGCCGCAAGACGCUGCGGUACGAACUACGACACCUUUGUAUUAUUGUCAUACCCGAGUGGACUGAGAAUUUAGAGACUUCCAGCCCUGCACACAAAGUGUUCGCGCAGCCGGGUGGCCCAGCGAUUGACCGGACUGUUCAUAUGAAGAUGAAGGGGGCGAAUGUUAUCUCAAUCACAUUCCACUGGCCGCGGUAACGAGCGCGGUCCCUAUCGGCGCUAAUUAUGAGCUGGUCAGGAUUCCAGGAGCUGGAGAGCACCAGCCUUCGGAUGGACCUCGGCUACGUCAUGACGGGAAUGGACGCCACGCUUUGUGUUCUGUAAGGGCUCACAAUACAAUAUGGCGUGGCACUAG